GCGCAGGAUAUAAAAUGUUAUUGAGUUGACCUCCAGUCCUCACUUUGGUGUCUAGCGGUCAGUCCAAAGGCAUUACUUGUCCUAGAUCCCAUAUUUUCAAUCCCUCUUCUGUAUUGUUCUUGUUCGAGCCUACGGAUAUCUUUGUCGACUUGAUAUUUUUAUAUUCGUGUGGAAGACUCAAAUAUAAUCUCUGAUGCAUUUAGAAUGACUUGUUUUAGUCUGUAUAGCGUAAUUGUUUUGUUGUAGUGAUAAAUGAACGCAUCAAUACACCAGCAAGUUUCAAAGAAUGACCAGGUUACUGAAUCUUCCUCUGGUGCUGAUGGUAAUGCUACGGAUACGUCCGUUCAUAAGACAGAAGAUACUGAUUUGUUGAACCGGUCAGCUUUUCGAAGGGAUAGUGGCUCUCGGUCAACUACAAAAAAGGUUAAAAUUGUUGACCCGAAGCAAAAUGUGGAGGCUGACUCAGAUGAUGAAGAUUUAUUAUCACAACCAAGUAUUGCUGGGGUCCCUGUCAUCGGGGAAUCAAUCGGUGCUGUUAAUUGCGGUCAGUCAAAUGACCAACAAGCUUCUGCAACUUCCGCUGACCGCAAGAAAACAAAGGAAGAACGGAAAAAGGAACGGGAAAAGAAAAAAGAGGAGGAAAUGCUGAAAAAAUAUCAAGCGGAACAAGAAGCCAAACAAAAAGUAUCUGCGAAAUCGAAAUGUAGUCGCUGGAUAAAACACAAUCUCAAGAUUGGUGAGGGUGGGUAUAAAUUCGUUUACCGUGGAUAUGAUAGCGUUGAAGCUAGAAAUGUUGCAUGGUGCGAAUUUAAACGUGAGCAUGUUGAUACCAAAGAAAAACGUCAAGCAAUGUUCAGGGAGACGGAGAUUAUGUUGAAGAUGAAUCAUCCACACAUUGUCAGAUGUUUUGAUGUUUUCAGAGAGUGGAUUGAUAUGGAAGAUCCGAACAAUCAAAUUGAAGAAAAAGGAGUCGUAAUUAUCCAAGAACUGAUGGGCGAAGGGACUUUAAAAAGCGUAAUCAGAAAGAACUUCCUAGAUGGCCAGUGCAUCCUUAAAUUUCCUCUUAUUACACGCUGGUGGCAUCAAAUUCUCGAUGCCUUACGUUAUAUGCACCAUAAAAUCCAACCUCCUAUUCUCCACAGAGAUUUAAAAGCUGACAACUGCUUUUUGUACGGUGCAUCAGACGAAGAAUAUUUAAAUGUUAAGGUUGGAGAUUUUGGUUUGGCAACUCAUGUGAGUAACAGUGGAAGGAAAACUAUGCUGGGCACAUUGGGUUUUAUGGCGCCAGAGAUUUUUGAUGAAAAAUAUGACGAAAAAGUCGACAUUUAUGCUUUUGGCAUGUUAAUGUUAGAAGUGAUGACAAAUCGUACACCUUAUGAUGAGUGUGAAACAGUUUUACAAGUAGCAGCUAAAACAAUGUCUGGACAGGGUCCGGACAUAAUGCAAAUGGUAUCAAAUCCAUCUCUUCGUGAAGUAAUCAGUGCAUGUAUUCAACCUUUGACAUGUUUUCGUCCUACUGCUGAUGAGUUGUAUUUCCACCCAUUAUUUCAAAAAUAUCAAGAAGGGAACGAUUCAUGGCCAAAAACAUUACCUGUGGAAGUGGAACCGAAUUAUGACAAUGCUACUGAUCGUGCAGAGGUCCUGGAUCGUUUUGUUCGUUCUCUUGGUAAUCCAGAAACACGUAACCCAAAUUUCAACUUGCGAUUAAGAUUUCGUGAUAAAAAGAUGUUACAAGAGUUGGGAUUAGAUGAUGGGGAAUCUUUAGAAUUCGAUCUUGAUAUUUAUAAAGCUGAAGAUCAAGAUAUUCCAGAUCUGAUUCAUAAUUUGAGACUUGGAUAUGAAGAUAAACUGUGGCGUGUGUUUGAAAAUCCAAAGCAACCUGAUAAAAAGGUUGUUUCUAGUCAUUUAGACAAACUUUUCAGUAGUAUAAGAUUACAAAUGCAAUUUCUGGUCAAAGUUUUGUUAGGUAAACGUUGGAAAGCCAUUCUAGAUUCACUUGUUCAAGAUCAACCUGUACGUAAAAAACAAGAGGGUGCUUCCACUAUUGAUGAAGAUGAUGAAAGUGAUACAGAUGCAUAUGAUACAAGUAGCUUCACUAUCAUUGGGAAGUAUAAGAGCAAAUGGAACAGAGCUAAGAAGUUAUUAGAGAAAGAAAUACAAGCUUAUAGAAAUUCUACUAUUACUGUUUCUUCUGCUAGUUCUUCAAAUGUUAUAUGCAGUGCAGUUAAUACAAUUGCACCUACAUUAACUUCUUCAGUUACUUCUACCACUCCAAUGCUUGCUGUAGUUGUGUCUCAAUCGAAUAUGGAUACGAUGCACAAUCCUGUCAGUGCAAGUGGUGUUGGAACUCCUGGACAGGUAUCUAUAGUCCUUCCUAGCAAAACCAUAUCAGAACCAGUUGAUAGCUAUUACUCAAAUCCUUAUAGUUCACAUCAAGUUUCUUCCACAGGUCCUGGUUUAACAUCUAUUGGUAAAUUUACUGUUACGGUUCCACCAAGCGCUACAGCUGCUCCAGCUACUCCUAAUGUUCUUCCAUCUUUGUCUGUCAAUGGACCAGGACCAACUCCAAGUCCAACACCCAUACCUCCUCAACAAAGUGUUGUAAUUCAGAAGUCUUCGGAAGUUCCUAUAUCUUCAUGUUCAAAUAAUUCAACUACACUGUAUGCAGCACCUGUUUCUUUGCAAACCGAUGUAAACUUAUGUGCUCGUCGCCCGAUUUCUGACCAAAAGAGUACAAUUAUUACGCCAAACAUAUCUUUACAAGUGUCCACUGCUCCACUAGCUGGUGGCUCAUCUUCACAACAACCAUUGAAUCAAAAGCCUCCGCUACCAUUUCAAUCACACCAAUCUAUUCCAUCUAUAAGCACUUCUCAAACUCAAUCGUCUGGUUUUGUUCCACCUCAAUCACCACUGUUAAAAUCCGAUAUGGAUUCUACUCAUUUAAAUAAUUUGGAUACUAUAGCUCGUUCUGCAAUGAUAUUACAACAAGUACUUCAAGGGAUCACAUCAAAUUCUAUAGCCAAUCCACCUGUUUCCACAACUGAGUCUUUCUUGAAUUCCCAAGCCGAAGGAGCAAAUCAAAAUCAUCCAGUCAGUUCAGUUUUUGCACAUCCUAUUUUAAGUGAUAAUCAAUCAGUGAUACAACAAUCACAACAUCCUACUUCUAUAAAGAAUCAAUUCCAAUCUCACGUUGGGACAUUGAACGUGAACGAUGUUGGUACAAGUUUACAAACAGUAACGCCCGGUUUAGGAGGUAUUCAACAUAGUAACUCUGCUCUUCAAAAUGAGAAUUUUGUUCAGUCAGAAUCUGAUCCUCCUCAAAAGACUGAUCAAUCUUCUCUACUGUUUAAUUCAGAGCAUGCCUCAUUGAUUAACCAACUUACUGAAGUUAUUAACAAUGCUACUGCUCAAAGAUUAUUAUUAAGUGGGAAUAAUUAUAUAUCUUCUAUGAAUGCUUUGUACAACGAUGCUCAACAGUCUCAACAGCCAAUCUUAAAUAAUCAAGUAGCACUGUCGAACUAUCUAUCGAGACAAAUUUCAACACAACAGCAAAAUCAGUUGGAAAAUGUAACGUCUGUAGUUAAACCGACUGAGCGUAAAACAAGAAAAAAAUCGAAAUCGAAACCACGGUAUAUUUUACGCGUUACUAAAAUUGAACGAGAUUCUGAAAACUGUGAACCUGGUAACUUUAGACCAACAUUCUACUUAGAAAUGCCAGAUAUCAAUAAUCCAAAUAAUGAACUAUGGAAGAUAACUUUUCGUUGUAAUUUAUCCGAUACACUGGAAGACAUAAAGUUGUUUCAAGGAUCUGACUAUACUCCUGUUAACAAGGAUAUUGAUCGUGCCGCUAAAGAAGGAGUUAUGAAAUUACUGGAAGCUCUACGUAAUGAUGUCCACUCUGUAAAGUUGAACCAAGAUUAUAUUUUCUAUCCUCAACCAUCUAAUGUGGGAUUUGAUCAAAUAAAUCGUCUACCCACUAACCUGUCGAAUGCACCAUUCUUUCAAUCUAGUGUACCUACCAGCUGUAAUUCCACUAAUCAAUUUAGUAACAGUGGGUUUCAGAAUCCGGGUACUUGUUUACCUUGUAUAUCAACAAUACCAUAUGACAAUUCAACGUUGAUUUCUAAUUUCGAAGAAAUUCAACCAUUAGAUUCUAGAGAUCUGGAUGAUGAAGAAGAAUUCAGUGAAAAUUCCAGACCAUUGUCUCCGGUCGAUAAUAUAAACCAACCAAUCAAUCAUCUUUUUCAUCCUGUAGCCAGUAACCCUGAACCAAUCAGCAAUCCUAUAAAUAAUAUAAUCCCUCAAUGUAUGAUGUAUUACGCUGCUUCAUCUUCUGCUGUUGGGUUACCUACUUCCGACUCCAUUAGCAAUAGCAGGAUAAAGGGUGGUCUUGGCCAAAUUCCUGGGAAUGUUCCUGCACCUGAUAUUUCAAACAGUAAUUUCGUCACACAAUCAUUGUUGCCAAUGAACUUAAACUAUAUAAAUGAUAUUUUAUCUCUGCCUGUCGGUCGUUUAGAAAAUAAAAGCGUCAACCUUUUUAAUUGCCAAGCUGGUUUAGAAGAAGUACCCCCUCUCGUUCCACGCCUUUCUGAGCAAUCAGGUGCUGCGCUUGCUGGAAUUUCAAGAUCAACAUCUUGCAAUGAGUCUACAACUCGUGAUCCAGUUAUCAUUUCUCAAUCAGACAAUGUAGCUUACCAGUCAUAUAGUACUCAUCCUUUACGUAAUAUGACAAAUUUAAAUCAUAUCUCUACUUGUAAUCAGGGUGGGAUUGGCAAUAAUUCUUCAGUUUCUUUCACUCCAGAGGAAUUGGUAAAUGUUACUGUCACUAUUCCCGCCUAUCUGGAAACUACUUUGAAGAAUUUGGUUUCUAACUUAUGUUCAAACCCUUCUCAUGCUUGCGUCUUGAUACCGACCGUAGAAUCUAAUGAAAUAUCGUCUUUUUAUCGUUGCUCUGGUAUGCGAGUAGUUGAUAUACCCGAUGGACACAUGUUUGUUGGUAUUCCUGGAAAUCGACACAUGCCCUCUGGCACCUGUUUACACAGCACAUUUCUGGAAACUGUCGAGGGGAACUCGGAAAAACUUUUUGUUGUCGCAUCUGAUGCUAAUUCUGAUGGUAGUUUUUCGGGACCUCAUAUUUACAGGAUUCCAAAAGACUCAGCUCUAGUUCUAACUCACACAGGAAAUAUUCAGUUGUUAGACAAAGCUGCUCUUGUUGUUCCGGUUCGUUCAAUGGAGCAUUCUCAUUCUAUCAGUCCACCUAACUCUCCUGUUCACGAAUCGGGAACACAUCCUGUCGUGUCAUCCGUGUAUGUCCGAAAGUUACCUAUUCCUUCAGACGUUGAUGCACUAAGCUUUGAUGAUGUUCUUGCCCUUUUAAUGGCACUACGUGAUGCACCACAUGGUGCUAUGCAAUCACAUCACUUAAAUAUGAUUAGUACAAAUACUGAUGGAGAAAAUGUCGCUAUAGGACCAAACGCUUUACCGUUUGAUAAUAACUUAGGACCUGAAUCUUUAAGCCGCCGAUCAUCUGCUGCUACGACUGUACUCCCUGCAUCACCUAAUUACUACUCGACACAAAUACAAGCUGUCCCUGCAUCUGGAAUGAAUCCUAACCAGUCGUCAUUAACCGUAACGAAUCAGCAACAAGUGCAAAGCUCACUUCAGUCUGAGUUAAAUACAGCAUCCCAGUUUUCAAUCCCUAUUUCUAUUGGUCAACAACCAAUUAAUCAAUUGGCAGGCACAGUUAAUUCACGGCUUUCUCUACCUGAUCAAAUUCAAUCACUUAUUCAGUCUGUGAACCAACAAUUUUCUCUGCAAUCACUUCCGUAUUCUGCUGUAAAAAGUGGUACUACACAUAUAAAUCAACCAAAUUUGUCAACAGAUAAUAUGCAGCCAGUUCAAUCUAUCGUUGCUCAAAACCAAUUAUCUUUACCGCUCAAAAAUAUGUUUUCACAACAACAGUUAUUACAGGAUCAAGUAUUAGUAAACAAUCAAACUCAAGGCAAUCCAUCCUGUUUACCGAGUUUACAGUCACAAAAUCAGCAGCAACAACAACAGGCCACCGUAUUUCCACAGUCACAUACCCAGGUUCAGUCAAAUUCUAGUCAAUCAAAAGAUUCACAACAUCAAACAGUUGUGCAACCAAAUACACAACAACUCUUACAACUAUUAUCAGCUCUUAACACUCUACAAAAUUUAGACCAGGUACCUCAGUUACUUUCGAAUCUUCUAAAGACUUCGAGUCAGUUCGUUAAUCCAGGACUUAAAUCAUCGGCAGGUUCGGGAGCUGUUGGCACGGCUCCAAGUGUUGGUGUAGUUCGACAUUCUAGACAAGUUUCUCCUCCAGUAUCAACACAACCUGUAACUCUUUCUUCAACUCAGUCUCAAACAAAUCAUAUUCCCCAACGGUUUAAUAGUGUUGCGUAUCCCUCUGUAUCUAAUGCAGGAGUAUGUGCAGCCAGUGUGAACUCUUUGCCUGAUUUAUUGGGUCGUUUACUAUCCUCUGCAGCUGCCAACUCCGAAUGGCUUAAUGUCAGUGAAGUUCAUAAACAUCAAGGUAUUCAAAUACAUCCCUCGUUUGCGCAAAGUAAUCUCUCAUCAUGUGGAUCCACUCUGGAAAAUCAAGAGAGUUUGAAUAUUCAAUCUGCAGUAAAAACAUCGACAGUUCAAGGUGGUGGAAUUCUCACAUCUCAAUCAUCACAGCCUAAUCAGCAGCAGCAACAGUUAAUCCAAAUACCAACACAUCAGCAGUCAACUCAAAUGCAGUCUCAGUUACAACACUCUCAGUUAGUAAGUUCACAACAAUCUUCUCAAAUGCAACCACAUGUCUUACAGCAAUCUCAUGCAACAAUACCAUCUACACAGACUCAUUGUCAGCAGCAACCGCCUCAAAUGUCCGGACAAAUUCAACAACUAACUCAGCUGCAGCCAACGCCACAGCCGGCCCAAAUACAACAACAACAAACGUCUCAAAUAUUAUCUCAGAUACCAUCACUUCAGGUACAACAACAAACACCUGUUAAUCCUCAAAUACAAACACAUCAAAUACACCAACAACAAGCAUCUCAGAUUCCAUUGCAACAACAAGGUACACAGUCUCAGACACUACAAACAUCACAACAACAAAAAUCCUCUAAUCAACCUCAUAUCACACAACCUAUUGCUGGGCAGCAACAGUUUCAGUAUAAUUCACAGCAGUGGCAACAACCACAACAUUCAUUAAAUGUCAUGCCAAAAUUAUCUUCUCCUUUGCCAAUCAAAGACAGAAAUCAACAACAAUUAUCUUUAUCUACUGCUCAUUCAUACCUGAAUCAAAUUUUACCCGAGUUGGCAAAUGCUAUACGCUUAGUCCAACAAACUCCUGAUAAUAAUAGUGCUGGUUUUCUCCCUUUAGAUGUUCAGAAUAAAUUACUCACUCUUCUACAACAACAACAGGUUCAAAACCAACCUCCUCACCUAUCAGCUCAAGAAUUACCGUUCAAUUUCACAGGGACAAAUACCACAUUUCCUACUUGUGUAGCCGUAAAUAAUAGUACUAAUCAAGUUUUAAAUGUCCACCCUUCAUCAAGCAGUUCGAAACAGCCUAUUCCUUCUAAUUCGAAUUUCGCUUCUUUAAGUCGGUUUAUUGUCACAGCUUCUAAUAUAUCAACGUCUAAUCCGAUAUGUACUGCUAUAACCUCCAGUUCAACACAUGACCAUGUAGCAUUACCUGUUGAUGUGACUAAAGAUAUUAACAACGUUGAAUAUCCCCUUAGUAGUCUACCAACUGAACAGCCAAGCAUCACUUCAACAAGGCCUGUGAAUGCAUCAGGAACAACCAUUGCUAACAAGUUUACAGUGGCUCCUGCAAAUCUGGAAGAUGAUGAUACAGGUGCUUCGACGAUCCCUCAAAUAUCUGGACCCAAUCAAUUGCAUCAAGCUCCACCUCCAAGACCGCCUAGACAGCAACGUGCCUAUGCUGCUUCAGUAGUUGGAGUACACGUAACAAAUGAUUCACUAGGGCAUGCAUCGAUGGCGGUUAGUGGGACAAAUGUCAGUUUGAUACCUAAUAUGAAUCAAGCUAUGCCUAGUAAUGGAACAGUUACAAAUGUCAAUGUAGGACUUAAUAUGAAUCAGCCUCCGCCUAUCGGAUCAGCGACAAAUGUCAAAUCAACUUCUAAUGUUUCAUCAGCAAACAAGAUUGAGAAUAUACCCUUACAAACUGGCCCAUCAACUGUAACUUUUCCAACUACUACAUUAACCGUUACGCUACCUCGAACCCAGAACCUUCCUCCCCAUCAACCCAAGUUAUCUGUUCCGAAUAUAACAAAUGCCAUUCCAUCAAAUGUAGUUCAUUUAUCUACUUCUGUAAUUCCUGCCUCUAAUGUAACUAAUCCAAUUCAAUCUGGAUCUCAAAUUUCAACUACAAAGUGAAUCAGCUUCUAUAGGCAGGAGCCAGGAUAUUUUGUCUUAACAAGCAUCUCUUUAUAGCGGUAGUAUUGAUAUUUGUAACAUCACCGUUUUAAUGUUUUGGUCGUCUGAACAUAAUUCGGUACGAUAUACAUGCUUAUUUUUCAAUCAUCAAAUAUAUUUCGACAGCCCGGUGUUUUAAUGGCUUUUUUUUUUCUUCAGGUGUUAUUAAAUUCGAGCUAUAUCCAUCUCUUUAUCUCUAUAUAUAGUUCAAUUAUUUUUCAUCUAUUUACAUUUGCUGCAAUACAGAUUUUUGUUCUUCUCUGUUUGUACGUUCAUUGAACAAAUUGAACAGAUAUUGUCCUGCGUCUUUCCAUACGAUCUCUUUACUUUGCCUUUUUUGUUGCACAUCAAUGAGAACAAAAAACAAAACAAUCAAUCAAACAAACAGAACAAAAUGGAUCAUAAUGUGUGGCUUUUUUCUAUUUGCCUCUCUCUUUCUCUAAUUUCUGCUUUCGAGCUUCCAACUUUGUUGUCCUCUUAUACGCCUUUCAUUUAUUCAGUCUUAUGUGUUACGCUUUUUGAUCUUGUUUGUUGGUUAUUGUUGAAUAAGUAAAAAGAGAUAAACGUAUGCUUGCUUUGUUUUAUUCUCAUACUACAUACAAUCAUUCCAGAAUUACACUGUUUAUUCUGUUUUGCAUCUCUCUAUUAUAUAUAUAUAUAUAUAUAUAUAUAUAUAUAUAUAUAUAUAUAUAUAUAUUAUUUGCAUGUAUAAAUAAAUACUUGUUCAAAAUAUCUUGCUUGUUUGCUUUCAUUGCUUUAUUUUUGUUUUCUUAGUUCAAUAGAGCUAAUAUGCUGUUUUUGUUAAGUAUCUAUCGAAAGUUAAACAAAAGCCAAUCAAAUUUCAUUGCUUAUACUUACGGUCAUAAUUAGUUCUGUCCUUAUAUUACUUUAUUUUUUUCCUUUGCUCUGUUUUUGGAUUCUUCAUUUCAUACACUCCUUUUGUUAUUCGUUUCUGUUGUUACAUUUUUCACUAUGCAUCAACAUAUUGAGUUUUUUUCUUGACCAAAGCUUAAUUGACAAAUUAUUAUCCUGUCUUAUAGGUGGACCUUUCACAGUUUCUCUUGUUUUCAUUUUUUAAAUUAAAAGGAUUAUUGUUGAUCAAUGAAUUGCUUUUGUAUUGUUUUCAAUGCGUAUUGUUG